AAUAAAGCCAAAUUUUUUAUUUUGCAGAUGGGAACAUGAAACUCCUUUUCAUUAAUAAUGUUAAAUUUCUAUGGAAGCGAUAGGAGAUUUCGAAUAUAACAAAAAGGAUUUGAUUGGACAUGGGGCCUUUGCUGUGGUUUUUAAAGGGAAAAGAAAAAAAGAUGAGGCUAUAGUUGCAAUUAAAUCCAUAACGAAGAAAAAUUUGUCCAGAUCUCAUAGCUUACUCGGAAAAGAAAUAAAAAUAUUAAAAGAAUUGUCACAAUUGAAGCAUGAAAAUGUUGUUCAGUUAUUGGAUUGUAAAGAAACAUCAACUCAAGUUUAUUUGAUAAUGGAGUUUUGCAAUGGAGGGGAUCUAGCAGAUUAUUUACAAAAUAAAGGUUCACUUAGUGAAGAUACUAUAUCUUUGUUUUUCCGUCAAGUUGCUGCAGCACUAAAAGCUCUUAAUGCCAAAGGAAUUGUUCAUAGAGAUUUGAAACCACAGAACAUAUUAUUAUGUUAUCAAAUUGGUACCUCCAAAAUGUGUCCUCAUCAUGCUAUAUUAAAAAUUGCUGAUUUUGGGUUUGCCAGAUUUUUACAAGAUGGAGUUAUGGCUGCAACAUUAUGUGGUUCUCCAAUGUAUAUGGCUCCGGAAGUUAUAAUGUCCCUUCAAUAUGAUGCCAAAGCCGAUUUAUGGAGCAUUGGCACAAUCAUGUUUCAAUGCCUCACUGGAAAAGCACCAUUUCAAGCUCAAAGUCCCCAAGCAUUGAAAGCUUAUUACGAAAAAACGCCCAAUUUAAAACCAAAUAUUCCUUCCAGUACCUCUCAUGAACUCAAGACCCUUUUAUUGCGACUACUCAAGAGAAAUGCUAGAGAUAGAAUGGAAUUUGACGAGUUUUUCAACGACAAAUUUUUCCACCUGCCUAUUACUAAACAAACCUCUUCUCCUCAAACCCCUAACAUGAAUUCCUCAAAACCGAGAAGAAAAUACCCUCAUAAUAGCUCUAGUCCUGACAAUACCAUUAACAUUAGCAAUCAUAUUAUUGAUAAAAUCGAUUACAGAGCUAACGAGAGGCGAUCAAGGGAAAAACAUCUUUUAACCGAAACUAUAAAGAAUAAUGCUAUGCCGGUUUCGAAUAAUCGCCCUCAUAGCUCAUCAAACAAAACUAAUUCGAAUAACGAAAAUACGUAUAAGCGCCACUUGAGCAAUGUUAUGGAUAAAACUAUUCUAUGUGAAGAAAAACAAACUUAUGGAAAAUAUGUCAAUCAUCAGAUAGUUGAUCAUGGAGGUUUAUCGAAAUUUAAAAAUGCCUCUCCCGAUCGCAAGCAUUUUAAUUACCAUCAAUUCAAUGCAAGCGGUCAACGUGUUAAAAAUUGCAACGAUAAUCUUUUUCAAAAUUUCUCGAAAUGUGAAAGGAGCAAAAUUCCAUCAGAGGAAGUGACCACAAAUCUUUUAAAAUCAUAUCCUAAACAACGCGUUCUCAAUGAUUCUCCUAACCAGUUUUAUGAAGAUAAGCUUUUGAGAGAUUACGUUGUAGUAUCCGAUUCUAACGGUAUACCUAGCCAUAAUGCCACCAAUCUCAUCAAUAAGGCCACAAAGACAAACGUUAAAACUUCUUUACCUUCUAAUAAUUGCGCGAUUGUCGAAGAUUCAGUCAUAAAAGGUCAUGACAAAAAUACUAAAAAUUACACGGAAGAAAGUAAGGACGUAUUGAUAAAAAAACAAGCUUUAACACACGCAAAAAAAUUAAUUUCUGAACCUAUACCAGUUAUUUCCCGGGCUAUAUCUUUCGAAAAAGCAAUUGAAAUGAAAAAUAGGCAGGAUAAUGCACAUUUAGAUAAGAUUUCCGAUCCUUUUGAAAAAGAUGCUGGACUAAAGACUUUGAAAAAAACUACUGGUAAUAAUGAAAUUUCUUCUCAAGUUCCAUCCACACCUCCCACUUGCGCGAACUCUUUCAAUAAUUGCUCCUUGAAAAUAUCAUCACUUUCUUUACCAUCACUUCAAUUUAGUAAUUGUAUGCCGCCCUAUGGUAAUAAUCAUAUUAGAACAACCUCUCCUAAAGUCACUUUUAAUCAUGUGAAUCAAUAUAUUUAUGCACCUCAAAAUAGCUCUGCCACCCACAAAUAUCAUUCUUCAUUUACACCACCUAACUCCUUAACAAAGUAUGCACCAAAUUCUUCUCCCAAUAUGCCCUUUACCAAUAAUAAUCAAUUGCAUUCAAUAAGAUCAAAUACCGUCCCCGAUUUCGUUUUAACCUAUCAAAAUAACAAUAUGGACAAUGGAAUAAAUAAUUUUAAUGUUGACAACGGAUUUUUAUUUCAAAAACAAUCAGCUAUCCCUGGUAACACUGAAUAUUUUCACAGCUUUCCUCCUGAUUUAUCGGAAGAGACAUUACUUGAAAAAGAGCACAACGAAAUAUUGGCCAAAUUGAAUUUCGUGCACGUGUUGGUGGAAUGUAUCAUGGAAAUUAUAGUCUUUAAGAAAUCUCCUUUCAGUGAGUAUCUGAUGUCCGAUAUUCAACCUCAGCAAAAUAAUUCAAGAGAAACCAAAAAGGAUUGUAACGAAGACGAUGUAUUUAAGAUGGAUCUUGAAAUAGUGACUUUGUAUAUCCACGUUUUGCAAAUUUUAAGCGCUUCGUUAGAUGUCGCGUCUCAAGAGAUGGCUUCCAAACGGUUACAAUCAUCAAAUGCCGUUCGAUCAGUUAUACUUUCCAUGCACCGUUUUUAUCACGACUCUUUGCUCAUGUGUGAACAAUCUAUAGAAGUUAUCAAUCGUAAAUACAAGAUUAAAAAAGAUACGCUACUUUUUCAUAAUUGCGAAAAUGGUGAAAAAAUUGUGUCUUCGUUGAUGCCAGCCGAAAAUUUGAUUUAUGAGUAUUGUGUUCACUUGUGUCAAGCGGCGGUAUUGGAUGAAUUAUUCGGAGAAUCUCAUGAAUGCUUCGAAAAAUAUCACAAAGCUCACAUUUUGCUACAUACAUUGCACCAGCAAAUUAUGGAUAAUCCCGACUCCGAUGAUGAAAGGAUUUUAAAAACCCUAAAAAAUAGCGUAGAAAACCGUCUAUUGAACAUCAGCCUACGUGCGCACGUUCCUUUAAACCCUAACGAAAUUAAUUGUUUUUAAUGAUUUGAGGAUUUCAUAUUGCAAAAUUAUAAAAUCAAUAAUUAUUACGAUUUAUAACGGUAUGUGUCCCAUUUUCCCCCCUUAUAUUUAUCUUGUUCAAUUAAAUAUUUAAUAGAAUUAUUUUUAGAACCUUUUAAUUAGUAAUUAUUAUUAAUAUUAGCUUUGUCAUAAAUUUAUCUAUACAACUAAAGUAAUGUAUCUUAAUAUAUAAAAAUUUACUAGUGGCAAUCUUUAUGUAUAUACAUUUUUCACUUAAUUUAUACUGGCAGUAAGAUGCGAACAUUUAUUAU